AUGGAGGCUGCUAGGCAGGCUGCUGAUGAUGCUCAGAGGCAGCAUAUGGAUGCUCUCCGCCAGUUAGGGGAGAAUGUUGCUGGUGCCCAGAUGUAUGGUCCUUAUCCCCAACCUCCACCCCCUGAAUGGAGUUUGGAAGACUUCUUGAAGCACCACCCUGCCAAGUUUGAUGACAAGACGAGUCCCGACCAGGCGGACCAAUGGAUGAAGGAUAUGGAGUGCAUCUUUGAUGCCAAGAGGUGCCCCGAUGAGAGGAGGCUUGCUUUCACGGUCUACAUGCUCACUAGAGAGGCUGAGCAUUGGUGGGCCAGUAUGGGGUUGGUAAUGGAAGAGAAGCAUGAGGAUAUCACGUGGGAAGCCUUCAAGAGGAGGUUUCUUUCAGAAUACUUCCCAGACAGCGUGAGAUACGCAAAGGAGGUGGAGUUCUUCCAGUUGACACAUGGGAACAAGUCAGUGGCUGAGUACGCCGAGAGGUUCAAACAUAUGGGGCAUUUCUACACCAUGCCGCUCGAUGAGGAGUGCCCCUGCUGUCCAUCAAGGACUUUGCGGCCUUGGCCGAGAGUUGAAGAGAAGAAGAAGCCUUAUGCUAGGCCUCAUCCACAGCCACAGGGGUCUAGAGGCUUUUCUUCCCCACCCAGCAGGAUCCAGUGCCAUCAUUGCGGAGGACCGCAAGUGAAAAGUGUUUGCCCGCAACUAUCGAGUUUCCGCAGGUGCAACCAUUGUGGCAGGGAGGGCCACUUUGGCAAAGAUUGUCCCACUCUAAGGAGGACAGUGUCACGACCUUCACCACAGACUCCGAGUCAGACUUCGGGCCAGACUCAGCAGAGGAGGGGAGGCAGCAGGCCUCAGGCUACAAGCAGGGUCUAUGCGAUGACUAGGUCAGAGGCAGCAUGUUCAGGUAACCUUGUGAUUGGUUGUUGUGUGAUAUCUGGCAAGUCUUGUUACGUGCUUUUUGAUUCUAGAGCGACACACUCGUUUGUGUCAAAGUCUUGUGUGCGGGACUUGGGUCUGUCGGUGUGUGAGCUACCGUUUGACCUCGUGGUAUCUACCCCGGUAUCUGGGUUGGUUAGGACUUCUUCGGUGUGUUCUAGAUGUCCAGUUGAGGUAGAGGGACACGUAUAUAAAGUCAAUCUCAUAUGCCUCCCUCUGCAAGGGCUAGAUGUGAUCUUGGGAAUGGAUUGGCUCUCUGCCAAUCAUGUUCUCAUAGACUGUCAGGAGAAGAAGCUAUUGUUCUCCAACUCAGAGGAGCCUGAGUUGUUGUCUUCUCAUGGGGUUAUGAAGGAAAUCCGGGACGGCGCACAAUGCUAUAUAGUCUUUGCCAGGAUGGAUGUUGAGAAGGAGGAAAGGAUAUUGAUGAUACCAGUGGUUAGGGAAUUUGAGGAUGUGUUCCCCGAAGAGGUACCAGGUUUGCCACCAAGGAGAGAAGUUGAGUUCUCCAUAGACUUGGUACCGGGAGCUGGCCCUAUGUCGAUCGCUCCUUACCGCAUGGCCCCAGUGGAGUUGGUGGAGUUAAAGAAGCAGAUAGAGGGAUUGCUUGAGAAAUAG